GAUAUAGAUAGAGAUAUAGGAGUGUUUGUAUUUGUGUAUAUAUAUAUAUAUAUAGCUGUGGUUUGUGGUCAUGCGAUUAUCUAGGGCUGCUAUUUUGAAUAAAAAUAGGAAUAAGAGAGUAAUUAGGGCGAAACAGAAACAUAAGAGGCUUGAUGCGAUAUGUGAGACUACGUAUACUGAGAAUCGUGUUAGGAUAGAGUCUCCGAGAGCGAGUGAAGCUAAUGGCGAUACGUCGGAGGUUAGACGGAGUGGAAGGGUGAGACGAGCGCCGUUAGUGCUGGAUGCGUCUCCGCCUCCUGUUAAGAAGAGGCGGAAGGUAAACGAGGAUGGGGAUAGGGGAAGGGGAGUUGUGCGUUUGAAAAUAGAGUCGGAUUCGUUGGGGUUGGAGGAGGAGGAAGAAGAGGGUGAAUGGAAGAGUAGGUUGAGAGCUAGGGGUAGGAAGGUGAGUUUUGUGAGUGAAGAGGCGUCGUCUCCCAGGAGUAAGAAGAAGCUUUUUGCUCGUGUGGAUGAUGGUAAGGAAAAUGGGAUGGAUUCAGGAUUAGGUGACGAUAAAGGUGGUUUGGUUGGGAAAAGCUUGAUGGUUGUGCAGUCAAAGCGACCUGGCAGAAUUAAAGCUUCAAAUGUUGUGAGCAAUGGAGAUAUUGGUUUGGUAAACAUUGAUAAAGAUGGGGAAGAUGCAACUGAUCUACCUGUAGUAGGAGACGAGAAUAAAAGCAUUUUGUUGGAUGAACGGUUAACUGAUAAUGGUGCUGUUGUUGGGUCAUCAGAGCAGGGGAAGGAAGUUCCAGUUAGUGUUGGUUCCGAUGACAUUGCCAAAGAUAUGGUACAAUCUGAUGAACAGAGUACACCAGUGGAGCAAGCUGAAUCCCGGGAGAACGAAAAUGGUUGUUUUCAUCAAGAAGUUAUCGGUGUCUCAGGAGAUGGUGGUGAAGAUCGUACCUUCGAUGUUAAUCAUCCACCAGAGGAUAGCACUAAAAAGGUCGGUGAAGACAAGUAUUCUCCGGCUCAUAGACCGCAUAAACCCCGGAUCAAGAAGGGAAGAUGUUGUGGUUUGUGUGGGGGAGGAAAUGAUGGUAAACCUCCGAAAAAGUUAAUGCAUGAUGGGGCUGGCAGCGAUAAUGAGGAAUACAGUGGAUCCUCUUCGUCUGAGGAACCCACAUAUGAUUUAUUAGAUGGAUUUGGUGAUGAGCCAGGCUGGCUUGGACAACUCUUGGGACCUAUAAAUGACCGGUUUGGGAUUGCUGGAAUAUGGGUCCACCAACAUUGUGCCGUAUGGAGUCCAGAGGUUUAUUUUGCCGGUUUGGGAUGCUUGAAAAAUGUGAGAUCAGCUCUUUUCAGAGGGAAGGUAUUGAAAUGCAGCAGGUGUGGUAGGAGAGGAGCUACAAUUGGAUGCCGUGUGGACAGGUGCCCAAAAACAUAUCACCUGCCUUGUGCUCGUGUAAACGGUUGCAUAUUUGAUCACCGUAAGUUUCUCAUAGCCUGCACAGACCAUCGACAUCUAUUUCAACCACAUGGACGCAAAUAUUUUGACAGAUUAAAGAAAAUUAAAACUAAAAAGCUGAAAUUAGAACUGAGAAAGCUCUGUAAUGAUGCCUGGCGGAAGGAUCAUGAAGCAGAAGAGAAGUGGUUAGAGAAUUGUGGGGAAGAUGAGGAAUUCUUAAAACGUGAAAGCAAGAGGCUUCAGCGAGAUUUGUUGAGGAUUGCCCCUGUUUAUAUUGGAGGGUCAACAUCAGAAAACCAACAACCUUUCCAUGGUUGGGAAUCUGUUGGUGGGCUUCAAGAGGUAAUCCAAUCUUUGAAGGAAGUUGUUAUAUUGCCCCUAUUAUAUCCAGAGUUCUUUAACAAUAUUGGGCUUACUCCUCCUAGAGGAGUCCUUUUGCAUGGAUAUCCUGGAACUGGUAAAACUUUGGUUGUUCGCUCAUUAAUCGGUUCGUGUGCACGUGGCGAUAGACGAAUCGCUUAUUUUGCUCGUAAAGGUGCAGACUGUUUAGGGAAAUAUGUUGGUGAUGCUGAGCGCCAGCUCAGACUUCUCUUUCAGGUGGCUGAGAAAUCUCAACCGUCAAUAAUAUUCUUCGAUGAGAUUGAUGGCUUGGCUCCUUCACGCACUAGGCAACAAGACCAGACACAUAAUUCUGUUGUGUCCACUUUACUUGCUCUACUCGAUGGUCUAAAAUCAAGAGGAUCAGUUGUAGUAAUAGGUGCAACAAAUCGUCCUGAUGCUAUCGAUCCAGCUUUAAGGCGUCCUGGGAGAUUUGAUAGAGAAAUUUAUUUCCCACUUCCUUCAGUUAAAGAUCGUGAAGCUAUUCUAUCACUUCAUACCCAGAAAUGGCCAACACCUGUGGCUGGAUCAUUAUUGAAGUUGAUUGCAAAAGAAACCGUGGGGUUUGCUGGUGCUGACCUGCAGGCUCUUUGUACUCAAACAGCUAUUAUAGCAUUAAAAAGGAGUUGUCCAUGGGAAAAGCUUCUCACAACUGCUGAAGAGAAAGGGCCUUAUGGUAAACGUCCAGUUCUCCCCACAUUUGCAGUUCAAGAGAGAGACUGGUUGGAAGCUCUUUCAAGUGCACCACCUCCGUGUUCUCGCAGAGAGGCGGGAAUGGCAGCUAACGAUAUAGUUUCGUCUCCUAUUCCGGUUCAUCUUUUUCCAUGUAUGCUGCAAUCACUUUCGGAUUUUCUUGUUUCAUUGUAUUUAGAUGAACGUGUCUGUUUGCCGCCUUCUCUUUCUAAAGCUGCAGCAGUUAUCAAAACUGUAAUUGUCUCUGCCUUGGAUAGAAAGAAAGAGAAUAGUGACUGUUGGUGGUCUCAAGUUCAGGAUUUGCUCAAAGAAGCUGAUGUUGCAAGGGAUGUAGAAUCAAAUCUGUUACGUGCCAAUGUUUUGGUUUUAAAUAAUAAUUUUUCUGGUUUGGACGCCUUUAAUGAUGAUACUGAUGACCAGCAUGCUAAGUUUGGACCCUCUAAAGUGCACAAUGGAUUCUUGCAAAAUAAUUUGGUGUCUGGUCUAUCUCAUUCAUCUGGAAAGAAGCUGGGUUUUUGUGUAUUAAUAUCUGGUAGUCCAAGAAGUGGCCAGAGGCAUCUCGCUUCUUGCAUCCUUCAUUCUUUUGUUGGAAAUGCUGUGCUUCAGAAAGUCGAUUUGGCUACCAUGUUGCAGGAAGGAGCAGGAGACAUGGUUCAGGGGCUGACUCAAAUUUUAGUGAGAUGCGCCAGUGUUGGUUCAUGUAUGGUAUUCAUGCCAAGAAUUGAUCUGUGGGCCAUAGAAACAUGCCAUCGAGUGAGCGAAGACAAUUGUGUCUCAUCAAAAUCUGUUGGAUUGUCCGAUGCUGAUGAUUUAGUUUCAAGGGCCUCUGAUCUUUGGAGGUCAUUUGUCGAGCAAGCGGAGUCCAUAUUCAUCAGUUCAUCCUUGAUGAUAUUGGCCACAACUGAAGUUCCUUUCGAAUUGCUCCCCCUAAGAAUUACGGAUUUCUUUGGCAAAAAUAAACAGAAUCUCAGUUCUUCAAAUAACACAGGGAGUACUGUACCAAGAUAUUCUGUACAUGUUGAGGGGAAUUUUGACCGUGAUAUGGUCAUCGGUUCAUCUGCAACUAAAUUAUCAAAUGACGUGGCUCGAUAUUUUGUUGAGCUGAUUCAUCAUAAAACGCAUAUUCAGGAAAGUUCAAUUAUGGGUAAUAAAUCUUAUGGCAAUGUUGAAGCUGACGUUGAUACAGUACGCGCUAACCUAGACUCUGACAUAGCCAUAGAAUAUAGGUCAAAACUUCAAACAUCUACACCCCCGCCUAACAAAAAGGAGGAGAAAGGGAAAUCCAACUUGUUGUCAGCAAUAUCAACAUUUGGCUACCAGAUCUUGCAAUAUCCCCAUUUUGCUGAACUUUGUUGGGUAACAUCGAAGUUAAAGGAAGGCCCUUCUGCUGAAAUUGAUGGGCCUUGGAAGAGCUGGCCUUUUAACUCUUGUAUUAUUCGACCUAAUGAUAGUUCUGGCAAUGUUAAAAGCAAAGAAAAACAUGGUAUAGUUCGUGGCUUAACUGCUGUUGGUUUAUCAGCUUAUAGAGGUGUGUACUCCUCCCUAAGAGAAGUUUCAGCAGCUGUUCGGGAGGUAUUGGAGAUUUUAACUUCACUAAUUAAUGCCAAAGUUGAGGGUGGGAAAGAUAGAUACCAAUUUGUUCAUCUGUUAUCGCAAGUCGCUUAUCUUGAAGAUAUGGUAAAUAGCUGGGCAUACACACUGCAGAGUUUUGAGGCACCUCAACCCUUUAAGUCAAUCACAAAGCUUUACGAGAACAAGACUACAGAAGAUGCUGUUUUUGAAGGUGAAAAUUGCAUGGACAAACCACAACAUCUGGAACAUGAGAAAGAAAAUACUGUAGGAGAUGAAUACACCAACCAGUUAGUUUCUGUGAUUAACGAAUCGAACCAUAUUAUAGAAACUCAAGGGUCUACUUCCUUCAAGGAUCAAGCAGAUACUCAUACUCACGUAGUAAACGGGUCAAAUGGGGUUCUAGAAUGUUCAGAGAUCAAAUUCAUGGUACAUUCUAAUGGAUUUGCUUGUGAAGAAUCAGUUGCCAUCCAAAAUGAUGGCCCUUGUAGCUCAAUUGUAAAGUUUGAUGCAAAUGAUAACUCAGUUGAUAAAAAUAUGAAUAUUGACUUGUCUGUGGACCCAGCUGCUAAGUCUGCAGUUACUCCGUCUGGUGUAUGCUUGUAUCGUUUUUGCUCGAAAUGCAUGUUCAGCCUGCAGCAUGUGAUGCGAAGGAUUCUGGUCAGUCAGUGGCACAAAUCAAGUACUUGGACAACAGAGGAUGUUCAUGACACAGUAACAUCAUUAUCUUUAAAUCUUUACACAGCUGUAAGGGAAUUUUGUCAAUCUGAAAGUCGGGAUAAUAUUAGGACAUUUUUUGAAAGUCGGGAAGUGGGGACUUGUGAAUGUGAAAUUUCUGGAAAUAGAGUAACCAUGGGGAUGGAGUGUGGUUGCCAUUCAGAAAGCAGCAGCACAACUGGACAUGGACUUGAUUCAGAAUUAAUUUUCAGAAAUGGUGUAGUAACCGUGUUAGACCCUGAAACCGAUGUUUCUUUUCACUGUAAAUUUCAGACACUAUGCCUUUGUUCUCUUAUAGAGUAUAUAGUAAUGACCAAACAGCCUUCUGGUUGAUGUGACGUUGCAGCGUUAGUUGGCUUUGAUUUGGCAAUUUUGAUUGAUUGCGGAUAUAGGUGUUAAAACUUCUUAAGAGAUUAAAGGAAAAAAAAACAAAAUUUUGAUC